UUCACGCUCGCGGCAACGAAAGAAUCAUCAUGGCCGAUGCCGUCUGCAGUGGUCCACAGCGCAUUGCAGGACAGUGCAGGACACUGCCUCUUCGCUCUAGUUCCCGUCAUUCCCAACAGCGAAUCGCUUCUCGAAAUACAUUGUGUGUAGACCGAAUGAUAUGACAUGCAUGCCAGUAGUUUGCACAAUGCUGAAUUGACGUCAGCUCGGUUUAGGGGUCCGGGGGAUUCCAGGUCGCCUGAUGCCUAUCGAAUCCAUGUCUUCUGGUCCGGGUUUUUCUCCCUUUCGUAUUGAUCAAGCCCAGUCUCGGGACGUUGCUGCAUGUAUUGCGCGCCGGUUUGCCCACCAUGAGGUGGACGUGGCGUUCAUAUGCCGUAUCAGAUUUGUGGCACAGGGUCCGAGUGUCUGCAAUGAGCGCUUCGAGCGAGUCGUGGUCUCUCGUCUCGCGCGUCUGCCUUCCAUCUUGCCACGCCUCUAAACUUUCCGUCAUGCAAGCACCCUCGAACCUCUCGGAUUCCUCGGACACUACUCAGCCAUCCUCUCCUGCUGCACUCGAUGCCACGCUCGCAGUGCGCUACUUGAAUUCGCAGCUUGCCGUCAACCACGACAACGCCCAGUUUCGAUGCAAGGCAUAUGAGGGAAAACAUACAUCAGAAGAGCAGAGGCUCUCUUACGCCUGGGCGAAGUACGUCUCCCGCCAAAAGGGCGACGCUCAGGUCCUUGAGUUCACAUUCGAGGCACCACAAAUCUUCUUCGUCUGCGAUCACGACGCCAUCUUGGAGCUCAAGAUUUCUGCCGUUCAUGCCUUAUCCCCGGACAAAAAGGAUCAGAUUGAGGAACUCAACGACUUCAGGCUGUCUUUCCGCAUUACCACAGAGAAGCGGACCAUCCUAGGUAACGAUGUCAAGGUUGGAGACCAUGAGAGUCGCAUCCAUCUCUUGGUGUUUGAUUUUGAUCAUGCGCGGCUCCUGGUAUCUGAAGACGACGAGAAAGUUAGAGAUUUUAAUCUCGAUCGGCAGUUAGCUUCGUAUCUCAAGGCGCUUCAAGUCGGUGGACACCACGUCCUGUUCUUCCCACCCGAGUUCGACGAGAACGACAUCCGUUCUCCUGUCCGGUUCUCCCUCUCCCAGAACCUGAGAGACGAACGACCACCCGUGCUCGAGAACAUCUAUGGCUACACCGUGGAGAUGAUCAACGGUUAUCUUUCCUUGCUCUGGUAUACGUGCGCAUUCAUAGCACGUCAGAGGGGAACUGGCGCGCUUUGGGACGAUAUGACUUCUCUCGCGGGCUAUCAGACUUGGCGCUUCCCUAACUAUGCUGCGCAAUGGCACUCGUCUUUCAGGUUUACUCCACCACGCGUCACGAUCCUUUGUGCCAAAGAGGUCGUCCUACAUUUCACUCUUUCCGAAGUCAGGUUCUACCCGGCCAAGCCUGACUUAUUCUUCCCCGAUUUUGUCGAGAAGGAAACGGCGGACUACACUGGUUGGGAGAUCGCGUUGAUCAUAGAUAUAUCUGCUACGAAGACGGAUUUGAGGAUCAAACCGGAUAAUGCCCGCUUCACCUCAGAGUAUUCCAAGCACUCAAACUUCACCGAGGUUGAUCAUGAGCGCGCCUACAACCUCCUGGUCGAUUUCUUCGUUGAACGCUACUUCAAGCUCGUUGCAGCGACGCGACUGCAGUACCUCUUCCACAGGAUCCGUGAGGAGUAUAGUCUGAUCCGCAGCCCUACGAUCGACAACGACGGCAGCUGGUGGACACUAGAACAAGACUAUAGGUCGAGCAUCAGCGCCCUGGCUGCCACUAUCAAGCAUACGAAGAUGGAAGGCUUCGACAUCGUGGUGGCUAUCUCCCAGUCAUCUAUCAAUUCACAGUUCCUACGUCUCUUCAGGAGCGACGAGUUCUCCAGAUGGGUGCGCGCCGAAAAGUUCCGCGUUGAAGUGAAGACAAUGAGUGUGCAACUAUUGGACUCUCAGCGCUCUCAGGGUGGGUCGGUUGCUGAGGACGACUAUUCUGACGACGACGACGGCGACGACGAACAAACGGUCGGCGAUGAAGACUUCGAGCCCAAAGCCAGGCCUCCCUCUCGUCACGCUAUAGUCACAGUCCACGUUCUCGAAGGCACUCUCGGCUGGUUGCUGGACGAGAAUAACCUAGACAUAAGCCCCUGCACGCCGUACGCUUUCGGAGAAUGUCAGCUGGCCUUCGAGGUCGCGCUUCUCGAGCGUGAAGUUGCUCAAGAAUCGAGUCAAGCAAAGCACUGUCCUCGAGCAUACGAGUAUCCUGCAGAGCCGGUGUCGGAAGCUAGUAAGAAAUUUGACGACACAUAUACGCUGAGACACAUCUAUCUGGAUCUAGCAAAUGCCCAAUUUUCUGCACAAUACAGCGUUCUGGAUGACGACGAGUACGGUGACAAGGAAGCGAUGCUUAGGCGAAUGACACUGGCCGAGCGUAUCAAGACCAUUUACUUCCCGAUACUCGUCGAACGGGGAGCGCAUAUCGUCGCGACCAUCCCUAUCUAUCACCCCGAAGCUCGCGCUUCGUUCUAUAGAUUCACUGACAUGACCUUCCGCACCUACUCUGUGGAGACGGAGCUAGCCACCCUCACCGAGGAAGAAGAUACCGUCAAGCGCUCAGACCAGAUCCUCUUCGUCCUGGGCAUGACAGGAAACCGUCCUUUACCACCUGUCUCAACUUUCACGCCCUCGAAGCGUUGGAUCCUCCGCGGCAGGUUCUCGCACGGGCUUUUCGCCAUUUCCAGGAAUACGUUCCUCACGCGGUUGCACGCUCUUCUUGCCCGGGUCAAUGCCGUUACAACCCUCGUAUCCGUCUCCUCGUCCAGCCGUGCCAAGAACCGUCGCGGACACGUGGUACAGCUAUGGGAUAAGCACCCGGAGCGCAAAAGGGAGCCGUGCACAUGGAAGGCUAUUGGCGGGAAGGACGACGCCAGCGCCACGGAGUUUGAAUGGAAGUACUCGCAAGACUGGCGGCUGCAGGAAGAGGGCACUCUGGCGAACAUGAACCGGGCGUUAGCGAUCCAUUGCACGACACACAACCGCCUCGAGCUACCGGACGUGUCCGCGCUCUCGGAUGGCUCGCUGGUGAUUAAGGUCUCGGGUGAGUUGCAUCUGCGCAUGCAGGAUGCACGCAACAACGAGUCGUGGAGCACGGAGUCAACCGCGAACUGGAGUGUCACAAUCAGCAUCAAGACGUCCACGAAGGGCAAUGUCGAGGUCGACAUCGACGGUGUGGACCACAUUCGUGCGACGCCUGCCAAGACGACUCGGCGAGGGAACGCCUCGAUCCCCGAGGUGCAGCAGAUCCUCCAGAAGCACCUCCCGAAGCGCAAGGACUUCGAAAGCGUGCUCCGCGAGCUGCAAGAGCUCCAGGGCGACUGGAAGUACUACUUCCCCGCCGCUAAUUGGUUCACCCUUUGUACACCUAUGUUCAAUCUCGACGGAGACCUUCUCUUCGAGCUUCGCCGCUCUCAGACCGUGCCCCACCGCCAGUCUUCUGACACGUUCUUGGUAUCCCCUACCUCACCGAACGCUUCGUCGAACGACCUGCGGGAAGGUCCGCAAGGAGGGAAUGAGGGUGAGGAGACAUCUGACGGGUCUCAAUCUGGGAAUGCCGGUAGCACUGGAGAAGCCUCGUGAGCCGUCAACGGAGCCCAGACCGCCGCCGCCGCCAAGCAACACGCCGCAUCCCGCUGACGACUCGAGGCCGGCGAUGAGUGACAGAUCUCCCCCGAUAGAUACCGAUCCGAUGCUCCUAAACGACAGUCUACCUACCCCCAAUGACAGCCCUCCUCCACCAUACUAUAGUUCGCUCUUGCCCGAUGACAACCCGCCCCAGAUAGAUGACAGUCGG